GUACAAACCAGCGUUGUGCGAUUAAAUCGAUUAUUCGAUUUAUCGAUUGCUUGUGACGCAUCGAUAAGGCAUCGAUGGCCGGGGAACUCCCUAUCGAUUAAUCGGGCAUGCGCAUUCAGUCGUCACGUGUAGGUCGUUUGCUCAGUGCAGUGUCUGUUAGUCUUGACUUCAAAUGAGUGUAAGGGAAGUACCAGACAGAAAUUACUUGAAAGAAGCGGGUCUCCUGCCUCCUAGGCAGUGCUCUUCCGAAGUUUGGCGGUACUUUGGCUUCCGUGGUGAAAACGGGAAGAUUGAGGAUCCGAAACACGUUGUAUGCACCAUCAACAAAUGCGGCGCCGUUCUGAAGUACUGUGGUAACACCACCAACCUGGCCGCUCACAUGAAAUCUCGUCACCCGCUAGUGUUUAUGAAAACAAGUCUCUCAAGAGACUCAAAUCCCGCGAAGCAGAAGGAGAAACGUGCGCAAGAGGAUCAGGCCGUCUCGAUGUCAUCUACUGUAGGAGAGAAAGCUGCAUUCGUCAGUCCAUUCCAACUCGCAGCAAAGCUACCAACAUCCAGUAAGAGAGCCUCUGUGAUCACUGACGCCGUUGCCUACUUCAUUGCUAAAGACAUGCAGCCGGUUAGUGCCGUAGAGUGCCUCGGAUUUCGAAGUAUGUUCAAGGUUCUUGAACCUCGCUAUGAAAUUCCGAGCCGAAAAACAUUCACCCAAAGAGUGCUUCCCGCUCUCUAUGUGAAAGUCAAGGAAUCAGUUGCAACCGUGGUAUCUUUGGCAGAAUGGUACGCCAUAACAACAGAUUGUUGGACCAGUUGUGCCAACAACUCUUUUAUCGGUGUCACCUUUCACACCAUUAGUAAUGACUGGCAGCUUCAGCACCUCGUCCUGGAGAAUGUGGAGCUACCUGACAAGCACACAGCUGAGAACCUGGCUGCUAGUCUGGAGGAUAUUCUGAAGCAAUGGGAACUUGAUUCUACAAAACUUUCUGGUGCCACAGUAGACAACGCAGCCAACAUACAAAAAGCAGUAGCAGAUAUUUUGAAAUGGAAGUGCUUAGGUUGUUUUGGUCACACUAUCAAUCUAUGUGUGAAAGCAGGGCUGAAACAGCAACAGAUACAGGUGGCCCUUGCCAGAUGUUCCAGGCUGGUCAAAUUCUUUCGGAAAUCCACAGUUGCUGCGAACCUCCUAACCAAGAAACAAGCAGCGUUGGAGUCUCCAGUGCAUAAGCUGGUGAAGGAUGUGGAGACACGAUGGAAUUCCACCUAUGAUAUGGUUCAAAGGAUCAUAGAACAACAAGGUCCUGUGUGUGCAACACUGGUAGAGCUAAAACGAUUAGACCUGUUGCCCAAGGAAGAAGACUUCACCCUGCUGGAGCAGUUGGUAAAUGUCCUGAAGCCAUUUAGAGAUGUGACCAUUCAAGUUCAAGGAGAACAGUAUGUCACUAUAUCAAUAAUUAGACCACUCCUUCAUCACCUCACUGAGAAUGUGCUGCAACUACAGGAAACUGACUCCUCCGUAAUCAAGAACAUGAAGAGGGAUAUGGUCAGCAACCUUGGUUCUCGAUACCAAUCACUUUCAAUUUCAAACCUGCUUGACUGUGCAUGCUUUCUUGACCCAAGAUUCAAGAGCCUGCCUUUCAUGAGUGAGGACAAUCGGAAAAAGCUUCACACAUUUGUUUUGGAGGAGGCAAUCGACCACUAUGAGUCUCUAAAUUCAGACACAGAACCAGCAGCUUCUGAAGAAAAGAAUGAAGACCAGCUUCCACUGCCAAAAAAGCACAAGAGUGAAUUAGGCCAGCUUCUUGGUGACAUGUUUACCAAUCUGAGUCAAGCGAAACAAGUGACCUCCAGGGACAAAGCAGAAAACGUCUUGCAGAAGUAUCUUGAUGAGCCAUGCUUGAACAUUGAUGAGAAUGCUUUGAAGUGGUGGGAGCAAAACAGUUCUCGGUUUCCUGCCAUUUCCAAAAUUGCCCAAAGACUACUCUGUAUACCAGCCACAAGUACUCCUGCAGAAAGGCUCUUUUCAACAGCUGGGAACAUUAUCAGCUCAAAACGAGCGAACCUGGAUCCCCAUAAUGCAUCGAUGUUGUGUUUCCUUGCAGAAAACUUGCAGUAGUUAUGUAACUAUUGCCUGAUAGAGUCUUCACUGUGUUACUAUGAUCUCGAAUGGAGCUGUGCUGUUGUGUAAAAUUGUGAAGGUGUGUGUAAAUGAGCAUUAAUGAAAUACGAGGUCAGACUUACCGAUUAAUCGAUAAAUCGUGAUACUGACUUCAAGUAAUCGGCAAUAAUCGGCAAUACCAAUUAUUUUCAUUAUCGCACAACGCUGGUACAAACGUAAUCGGAAAACACCUGACACUUUAAAGUGUAUUGUGGAG